AUGCCCUCCAAGGCAAGAGCGUUGGCCGAGCUCACCAGGAUUCACUGGUUUCCAGUGGGGUGUGACUUCAUGUUCUGGCCUUUCGCGUGGGGCUCCCUGGCGGCGUCAUACCAUGUGGCAUUACCCAUGAAUGAAGUUGUCAUAAACACUUUGUUCUAUGCAUUGUUGGGAACACUGGUGCAUAGUGCAGGCUGUGUCAUAAACGAUAUGCUUGAUCGCGACUUCGAUCGCAAAGUUGAACGUUCGAAAGGCCGACCGAUCGCGUCGGGAGCUGUCACUAUGACAGAGGCCUCGAUUCUUCUGUUCGUGCUCGUUGCUGCCAUCUUUUACAUGUUUUCGACUGCUGGCACUACGGCUCUCACACUGGGUCUUGUUGGACUCCCUGCUUGUGGCGGGACAUAUCCACUGAUGAAGCGUUGGAUGUAUUGGCCGUCUUUGUACCUCGGUUUUGCUGCUAGCUGGGCCGUCCCAUUCACGUGGGUGGCAAUUACGGGACAAGAAGGACGACGAGAAGGCUGGAGUCAAGUCCAUGGCGGUUCGUCUGGGCGAUGGCAUUCGUUUGGCAUUGAGCGUAUUGAUGUGAUUUUCUUUGCGUGUCUUCUGUGGGCUGGAUACUUGAACGACCAACAUCUCCCGUUCUACGUGAUGAGCGUCAUUGCGCCCUUCCUCCUCUGUCUCUGGCACAUAUGGUCAUUUGAUCAUAACGAUCCUAAAGACAGCUGGGAGAAAUUUACAGCAGGUCGCCAUGGUGCAGCGUUGGUUUGUGCAGGAUUGUUCGUGGAUCAUUACUUCAAUCUUGCGUCUCUGGCCAUUUGAGCAUGCACUUUCAUCUCGGCUGGAUUCAUGGUGGCACCUUCAAUAAUCAUAUUAAUGUGCACACUCCAGUGACCUUGCGCUUUCGUGUUUUUCUCUUAGAGUAUUGCUUAUGUUUUCCUAUCUAACUCAUAGACAACUGAUGACAUAGUAUGAUAAUUACAUCCAGAUGUCAGGCUACAAAUUUGGGGAUGUUGCUUGCCGUGCAUGACUUUCAUACUCUGGC